AUGGGUGCCUGCCUCUGCAAAGGUCACAAAGGUCAGUCCACCUGUUUGUGUGUGCAUGUUAUUACUGUGUGAUGUUUGGGUCAGGCUGAAGGAAAUGUGGACUGUUAAGUAAUGACUGUUUCGUAAAGUUGCAUCAUGUUUUCUAGGAUAGCACUCAUCCCUGUGGUGUCAAAAACCCAUCUGGAGCACAUCUAUAGUCACUUAGAGGUAUUUUAAGCAACUAGCAUGAAACAUGACAUGAAUGGACUAAUUCAAAUACAGAACUUAGAGCGGGGGCAGGCUGAUGUGAGGGAUUGUGAGGAUCAGCAGAGGACAGCAGUGGCUGUCUGAGAUAUGACAGUUCCGUCCAAAGCUUGUAUUUAACUUGAAAUGUGACUUGGGUUGCAAUUUUUCUUCUUCAUUUUUUCUUAUGACUGUCGCCUUCAGAUGCAGUGACUCUAAGUGUAUGAGCAGCCACUUUAAGCUGUCUCUCCUCACCUUAAUCAGACUGCUGGACAAAUAAGCAGCUGAACCUGACCCUUGAUGAUCCACAGUAUGAAGCAUGUCUGUUGGUUUGGUGAGGUUCUUGUGCAGGAUUAAGAAAAAAUGGUGUGUUGAACUGUUCUGGUGCUUGCUGCCUUGUGUGUUCACUUUGUUUAUGUGCAUGUUAUACCAAGGUGUCAGUAUGUUCCUCUGCACUAUUCCCAAAGACAAAUAUACCCUCAGGGGCAUCUAGGCUCAAGUAUAUCUAAUCUAAUUUAGUCUAAUCUAACUAAGGGAAGAUUGAGGACAGUGGUUGCAUUUCUACAGCUGUCUGAGUAAAAUUAGCUGUUCCUUUUUGAAGACAACACACUUUGUUGGGAUGCAUAUUAGUGUUAGCGGAAAUUAGUUCCAGCAGAUAUGAACAUUUCUGCAGAUAAGGUAGCACAGUAAUUAUAAAGCUGCAAUGACGGUUCAUGCACACCAAUGACAAGCGUUAAUGAUGUCAGCUGUGUGUAAGUCUUCUUAAGUGUUGUGAACAGACAGUAAAAUUGCAAAGCAUUGCUGAUGGAAGGCAGAACUGCUGUCUUUUAAAGGUGCAGUGUGUAACACUUCUGGGAGCAGGUCCACGUCAAUGAAGGCUGCCAUCUUGCACCACCAGCAGCACAGGACAAACUAGUCACAUGCUUCCUUGUUAUUAAUUGAGUGAUCACACACAAAACAUCAAAUAGAUGACAAAAAAAAAAAAAAAAAGAAGGAACUUGUUGGUAUUGCUUGCAAAAGAAUUCAUAUGAAUUGACAUUUUUGAUGGUAGGGACUUGAUAAAUGCACAAUCAUACAUGUGACGCAAAAGAGGAGCUUCUUGUCCUUGAGGGCUACCAUCACUUCACCUACAUUAGGGGUGAGCAAGGGAGCAUUUCAGUCUGAGUGCCAUUUAUUGCUAUAUUUCUCUAUUUCUACACGCUGUAUCUUAAACUUUUAAGGAGUGCUGAUGGCUAAGAGUGCUAGCUCUGCUAAUGUUAGCCACACCCAUCGACUGUAUAUAGAAUGGACACCAUUUGCCUCCUUGCUAGGUGACGGGCUGCAGUAUAGGUCAUAAAUCCCGCCUCCUCCAGCAAUCCCUAUGGAGCUGUGGGGGUUAUUAGAGGGUUCAUGUUUUCUAUGAUUGACACUUGAUACAGCCUACGGGUGUACCAAGAUUGUGUAGCUCAACUGGGGGAUACGCUGUUUGAGCCGAGCGUCAUUACAGUGACUCUUAGUGACUCUAACCACUGAAUGCCCACAAUGCUACUGCACAAUAGGUGGUUUCAGGAAGUGGAGAAAAUCUCGAGAGCACUUCGGCUUCAAAUUUGUAUAAUGAUGGAAGGUGAGGUUAAUUUGUCCAUAGUAUAUACAGUCUAUGGUCACACCCUGCAAACCAGCUUAUUGUUGUUGAACAGCGGUUUACUGACACCGUGUUUCACCAUGACAAAAAAACAAGUUUUGACUGUUUUGUUUACCUUAAGACCAAUCAGUUAGAAUUCAAACAGAUUUCUUUUAAACAAUAAGAAGAUUUGUCACUUGAAACAUUCAAAGCCAUAACAUGUGCAAAAAAUAAAGAAGCUUGUUUCAAAGUGAUUAUGUGAUAUGAAGUGAUAUGAAGAUUAUUACAGACUGUGUUUAAGAUGUGACUGAGUCAAUAUAAGGGACAAAGAGAAAGAGACAAACUGCAACGAAAUACAAGCAACAAAAAGACACAGAUCAUAAGUCCUCUGUAACAUUGAUGUACCAAGAACUGGAAAUAUGGGUGGGGACUUGACAGAACAAAUGUGCAAUGAGAAAAGUAAAACGUAAAAGGAUUUUUUUUACAGUAAAAACUUGACAAAGAGAGAAUCAUACUUAUCACGCAUCACAAGAGCUUCUUGUCCUUGCAGGCCACCAUUGCUGCACUGACAGGAGGAAUGAGCAAAGGAGCAUUUCAAUCUAGAAUCUGUGUUAUUUGCAGAUGUUCAGCUCUUAACUUAAUUUCUUCACACUGUACCUUUAACACAACCAAUAUCUCUGUGACUCAAGAACUGUCAUCCUAAACAGCACCAGGAGUUGUGAUUACGCCAACACAGAAGAGUAUUAGCACCUGCUCCCAAUAACCCACCUUUGAAAGAUGCAGGUUCUGCAUAGUGGUGAUGGUCUUGGCUUGGUACAAGUAUCAGUAUGGGGGAUCAAAGUCUGUGUCAAAACUGGCAAAAACCCAGCACUAACUUAGUUGUGUUUAUAAGACAUUGUAACUCGUCUAUUAUGGCUGUUUUUCCCAUCCUGCUUUGUGUUGGACUGAGUGUGUGGUCUGAUAAGCUUGUUUUUCUGUUUUUCAAAGUCCCUGUAAGGAGUUUUUAACCGGCUGGUGCCACUUCAUGAGCUUCAAAAACAAACCAGACCAUCCAAAACAAGACUGACAGUUUCUUUAUCAUAAUUCAAACAGCUGAAGGUGCUGCAAAGGGAAGCUGCAAUUGUCACUCACUGUUUGUGUUGUUAUGUUAGUAUUUGGCUUUUUUUUUUUUUUUCAUGCAGUUGUUUGUCAUUUUGUGUUUUAGUGGAGGCUUUCUUUUGUUAAACCACAGCUGAGAGGACUCUUACAGUUAACUAUCAGAGCUGUAUUUCACUAGUGUGACAGCAAAACAGUUCACUGCAGAUAAAAUCAUGAAGGAGUUGAUAUAUGUGCGUCUCUUUGCUACCAUAUUGAGAUAAUCUGAAGAGAUGUAACAAUACAAAUAUGUGUUGCAGUAUCUUCCAUUUCAGCCACAUAGAUUAUUUACAGCCGAUAUCUGAAGCUUGGUCUGGAAAUAUUUAUUAGACAAAGGCAGCUUCUGUUGUGGCAGGACACAUUUACUUCAAGGUGGAGGUGACUGAGUGCACUGCUUUAAAGCUGGGAAGAAAGCAAAGAGGCAGCUGUGAGGCUCCAAACUCACAGAUAAGAAGACGAGUGAGUGUGUCUGUGUGUGUGUUUGUGAGAGAGUAAAUCUGGGUAGGAUUUACCCCCACAAGGACAGCAGUGUGCUCUAGGAAACAUGAUGUACUUCUUGACCUGUUAAUAGCAUGUGAUGAGGCCAGGGACUGGAUACACCAUGACUUCACUUAAUGGAAGGGUAUCACUUGCCUCCUGUUGCUUUAGUGUUUCCAUAGCAACUACAAAUUGUCUUGACAACACCUCUCAGGGUAACCCCAAGCUUAUUUGUGUGUGUGUUCUUUUGUGUGUAGGUGUGUGUAUGUCCACUGACCUUACUAAUGAUGUUAUCUCUCCAUCUCUCCGCCCUGCAUUCAUUUCCUCCUGUCAUUCAUUUAAAUUUCUCCAUCAAUUAUGAGGCAAAUGCAUAUGCAGAGAGACUCCGAUAAGAUGAUCGACCUCUCUCUCUCCGUCAUCCAUUAUACAUGAGCCUUACUUGACCUCUGACUCAGAAGCAUUGCUCUGAAUUCUGUUGAAACACACACAGACACAACAAAUUCACUCACGACAUAUGACAGCAUGUUUUGUUUGUGUGUGAAUCCCCACAGAGCUCCAGCAUCCCAUGACAGUCCUGCAGGACCAAUCUGUGAAGGGUCAGCCAUCUUCAGUCAAGGUGAGUAAAAACCCUCCCCUCUUUCUUAAAUUGGUUUACUCCAGUCACUGUCAGGAUGGACUGUAUCACUUUUGGAGGUUAUCAGCAUCAAAACAGUCGUCAGCAGUGCUGCCACAAUUACUUUUUUAAAAAUUACGGAUUACUCCUUUAAAAAGUAACUUGGUUACUUUUCUAUUACUAUUACUUGAUUUUAAAGUAAGUAAGUUAGAUAACUAGUUACUUUUUGAGUUACAUUCAGCAGCCUCAACAUUUUCUUUUUCCCAACACUUACUUUAUUUUUUUCUUUAUUUUCUUUUUUUCUUUUAAAACUAAAGAUAGUCUUUCUUGACUGACAAGACAAAAUUUUUUUUAUAGAAUAUAAAAUAAAGACAGUCUUUACAUUUAUGGCUGUAUUUCCAGCUUGAGAACGUGCAUGUCCCUCUUCCCUCCAUUGUUGUUUAUAUUCGUUUUGCCGCAGCUGCAUUAUGUGAGUGCACAUGUAUUACAUGUGAGUGGUCCUCGUGCUGAAAACAUGACUUGUCGCCGAUGUGACUGACAUCAAUCCCCCAGAUGAAAACAAAUCUACCUUUUUUUUAAGGAAAAUAAGAAAAAAAGUAAUGCACAGUGACGUGGACAUGUAACUUAAAUCUAAUUUCUGGUUUGGAAAUAGCAACGUGUUGAGUUAAAAAAAAGUGGACUAAUUAGAUUGGUGCAUAACACGUUACCGGCAUCACUGGUCGUCACUGAGGACCUAAACCAACAAAAAAGUCUGAGUCUGAGUAGUAAAGUGUCAGAAAUACAGUGGCCCUAAAGGUUAAGUGCACAAACAAACAUUACAGCCGUAAAUAUCAAUGUUUAGUUUGAGGAUGCACUCACCAGCUUUGCAGCUGUUGCCUGGAUUGCAGGACAGGAUGUUGCUCCACUUUGAGUCAUGGUUGGAGUCUUACUGUGAGAAAAAGAAACAAAAGGGAGUCUGCUGUGGUGUCUAUCGCUUCUGUUGAUUCCCCCUCCAGGGCAGCAGCUAAAGAGAUUCAUAAUGACAUUAUAGAAAUGGUUGGUCAUUGGUGAUUGUUUGGUUUCCUCUUUAAGGUCAUAUAAAACAUAAGACAUGGUUUUAUAACCAAAUAAAAAUCUUCUUGGGAGCUUUAAGUGUUGCUUGGACAACCGAGCUUUUAAAUUGAAAGUUUAAUAGCCUGAAUAUUUUAUGUAAGGCUUUAAGAGUCCACUUCACUGUCUCCUUUAAGAUUACCAGGAUUUAUACUUACAGUAAUAGCACUGCUCACUUUUAGCUUGUGCUUGAAUUAUCUGCCCAUUAUGUGUUUAUUUCACAGUGAGAUCACUGUAGCUGUACGUGGGAAGAUUGGCUCCAUAGCUCUUUCACACAUAUUAUGUACAGUCUGCUCCUCAGCCUGGCUCCAUCACACCCUCUGCGCAGACAACGGAUGUGACAAUGCCAGCUUUUAACUAGAAUUAUUAAUAACGCAUGUUUUCUUUAUAUGCAUUAAUGAGCUUUGAUGAUAACAUUCACUUUUACAAGGAGUAAAUCUGGCAUUACAAAGUUUCAUUGAACGAUCACUGCCUGUCUUCAGAUGUGAGUCAUCAUUUGAACUACAGGAUAGCUAAUGUGACAAAGUGAUAACUGAGACAUUUCUUAAUCGCGGCAUCAGAGACUGCUUAAAUAUAUGAAACACUUAAUUUUUUUCUUUGUCAAUUUUACAUGAAAAAAGUCACAGUCAUCUCCACAUGUCUACUUUUGGAUCAUAAUGACUUUAUUCUCAUAAUAUUGAAUUCCCCUUCAUGGAUAAAUGGAGUUAUUCUUAUUCUUAUAAUAUAACGAUUUUACUACUUAAUUUUUUUAACAAUUACCUAUAAUAGAUUUUUACACUGCAGUUUGGUGAAGAUUUUGAAGAUUUUUGACAUCCAGAAUAGAGCAGCAAUGUCUCAAUGCAAAAACAAAAACCUGAAGAAAGUGAUUGCAAAAUUAAACAUCCUGAAAAUCUCAAACAUGAAAUAAUACUGGAUGUAAGCAUGCAUGCAAUUUUUGUUCUAUUAGUUAAGAAAUAAGUGCAGUCUCUCUUUUCAUAUUGAUUACAGGUGUUGAGGUGUGAUUUACAAGCAGCCUUGAGUUGAAAAUAUCUUCUCUUGAUGGCAGUUCAUUCAGUCAGAGUGUGAAUGCGGCUGGAUUUCCAUUAAAGCUGCCUGUUGUUGUCUUUGUCACCAUUUUUGCAUGAGAGAAAUAAGUGUGAAGUGUGUGGAUUGAAUCAUCAUCACACAUGUGACUUGAUUGCCAGAGGCAGAUUCACAUAAAUGUGGUUAUAUGUGUGAGUAAGGAUGUAUGAUUCUUUGUUGGUUUUUAUCCUCUGUGAGAUGAAAAAUAACACUCCAAAUGAAACUGAUUCAAAACUCCCAAGGCAGUUUCACACAUGCAGCUGUUCUCUUGGUUCUCUGUGGGGAUAUUCGCCUGUAUCAGUGGUAAAGAUGUGAUGCUCUCUCUUUUCAUGUGGAUCACACAGGAUGGGCAGAAUCCCUCCAAUGGCAGCCUGGCAGAUAAAAGUGGCCGCUACGACAUAGGCGAGCUGGCCACCUCCUCUCUCAUUGGUGAGACACAUACACACAGCACACAAACACUUUAUGAAUCUAACACACAAAACUUGGUUAGAAGCAAGCUGGGAAACUGUAUUAGUAACCACAGGAGUUUAGCAAUGUCCCCCUCCUCCUUCAUGCCAUUUUCUCUGUGACACACAGAAGCAUAACCAAACAGGCAUGAGUCAACAACCAGGUACAAGAACUCAUUUCCAUUCCCCAUUUCAGUUUCUGCUCCAUUUUUGAGUCUGCUCCUUUUCCCAUCUAUUUCCCAAUCCUGAGUCAGUCUGCCUCAUCUCGACUUCUCCUCUCGCUCUGCAGAAGGUUAAUUAUCAGAGCUCAUGUGUUAUGCCUUGCUGGACUUUUCCCGGCGAAAGGUCCUUUAUAACCCCGACAGUGUAAUUAUGAGUUUGUUAGACAAAUAAAGUUCAGACAGAGGGAUGAGCAGCUGACACCUGCUUUAGCAGCAGCAGAGCCAGUCCAGUGGAAAAUAAAGGAGCUUCUUAACAUUUAAUCACCUGCCAGUCUUCACUUGAACUGGGGAAGGAGCUCCUCUGGAGUUUGGCAGUCAUGAAACGCAGCUGACAACCGAGCUGCUAAAAGAGCCACAUGGAGUAAACUCAAUAUUUUACAAGGAUAAUCAUGUUUUGAAUAAUAUCCCACAGACAGUACUGCUGUUUUAUUCUUAGUGAGUGAUGUAGUUUGAUGAUUUUUUUUUAACCAAUUAAAGUUGUGCAAGCCUUACCCAGAAUUUUAAAUGUUCUACAGGGCUUUUUGGACUAAACACACUUCUUCAUAACAAAGAACGUGGACUUAGCAUUUAAAGUUUGACUUGGUGGUUGCGGAUACAGCACAGAUAUAUAAAUCAGGACAGGAACAGGAUCAAGAAAGAAAAAAUGUUUAAAGUCCCACUCUGAUCACUUUUUGUUUACUUCUUUAAGUGUUCUCAGUGGUCUUUCAAUUGUGAUUAUGAAGUUUUAGCCAAAAUUACGUUACCUGUGUCAUUUUCAAGGACUUUUCUUCUGCAGAGCUCCAGUAGCGCAUUAGCAAUUCACCUCUGAGUCGUGGGCAGAGACAUCGCUGCUCUGCACACUCCUCUGCACGCUAGCUUGCAGCCUAACAUUGCUGGUGUAGUAGAAGAAGCAGGUAACAUAGGAGCUAUUCAGCUCUCUGACACUAAUGUCUUUAGGGACAUAAUAAAAGUUAAUAUGAUAGAGUUCUUACAAGCAUUGCACUUCACUAACAUAUGCGCUUGUUCCGCAAUCGUCCUUUUUAUUACUCUGAGUCUGGCCUGCAUAGUGGGGCUCCGGGGGUGGAGCAUGGAUUUGUGACAUAGGAAAUCUCACUGUGGCUGAACCUGCCGUUUGGGUCUCCCAGAGAUUCACAGCGAUUUGAAUGCAGAAAUACUCAGAAAUGCAAUUUCACACUUAUUUUUUCUCAAUAUGUCCUGUAGCAUCAGAAAGAUACCAUACGAAAAUGUAGACAACAAGAAAAACAUGUUUUUUUAUCGCAGUAGGUCUUUAAAGAUAACUCCCUGUAUAUACUGCAGGGAGAGAAAUGAAUUAUUCAAACCAAAAUAAAAUGUUAGGAUGGCCUUUUGUAAUGAGCGUGUGUGUGGUUUUCAGGGAUUUUGCGGCCAGCCUCAAGUGGACGAUCAAGGAACUGCAGUUUGUUAGCACUUCCUCAUUGGCUUUAUUUCUCAAGACUGAAUGUACAAGAAGUUGAGCAUAGCCUGCGGUGGCACAGAUGGGUUUGAGAUACAUGCUGCCCAGGACCAGUUCCUCUAGCACAACCCCUCUCUUCCAGUCACUUGUCUAAAAUUGGAUUAUUUGUCAGUCAAACCAAAACUCCAUAAAGGUUUAUUGACUUCAUAGUAUCCCACAGUUUUCUUUAAAUUUACGACUGACCAUAUUAGAAUGACAAGCUAUUACUUUUAGACUGGUCUGCCUUGGUAUGUGUCCAGUUUGCUUUACCCAGUCGAUUCCUUUGGAGCACUAUCUCCUGGGCAUACCGAAACACAAUAAAAUAAACUUUCUACAUUUUAUUACCUGUCUGGUAUACUGGUCACUCAAGCGCAUCAGCUUCAUGCUCACCCAGUCUGCCUAGGUGCCAAAAGGCAUGCUAUGCAGCAGCUAAAUAUAUUUUCUUGUCCACAAAUUUCCCUGUAGUAAACUUGAAUCUUAAUGCUCGGUCAUAUUUAUCUCCUCUCAAGCAGUGCAGUGUACCAGCUGGCACUGCAAAGCCAAUAUAGCCUUCUAUUGUAUGCUUAAUGAUGUGGACAAAAGGCAGAAGUGGAUCAAACAAUGGAAGACUUGGCAGCUGUUGUUAUUGUCACUGAACAAGCUGUUGUGUUCACCAAAUAGUUUGUGUUGUCGUCUGUUUCAUUAAAAAUCAAAUAUAUAGGGUUGGAUUUUACGUUACCCGUGUUAAAUCUUGUGACCGAAGCAGAUAACCACUCAUGCUGUUAGGUUAACACAAUGCCUGCUGGGUUACAAAAACCAAUAGAGCCACAUGUGAAGGGUGAUAACAGCAAGUUUCAUGUCUCUGUUUGUGGCUGCCAUUGGAUGAGAGGACAUAGUUUUGACAUAGUUUGACAUAGUUUCAAACAUUUGUGGCAAAUGUUUAUCAGGUUAAGAGUUCAACUUUAAGAUUAUUUGUUGGAGGUGAAACAUCAAAUCCUGCUUUAAACCUCUGAUCUGAAAGGUUGGUACCAUAGACUCUAUAUAGAACGUAUGUCAUCUGCCUCCUUGCUAAGUUAAGCCACUGUGAGAACAGCACCCUCUGGUGACAGGCCCCCUCCUCCAGCAAUCCCUAUGGAGAUGUGGACAAAUUCUAGAAGCUAAUGACAAGGAAUAUAUUUUUUUCUUCCCCCUGGUUGUGAUGUUGACAUGUAGUUCGUGUAAGACUAGUUUGUGCUCAAGUCCUCUUUUUUUCUGUGCAGCUCCACUUAUAAAAGUUAUUAGGGGGUUCAUGUUUUCUAUGAUUGACACUUGAUACAGCCUAUGGGCAUACAAAGCUUGUGUAGCUCAUCCGGGGGGAUACGCUGUUUGAGCUGAGCAUCAUCCCAGUAACUUGCGGUGACUCUCCCACCAAAUGCGUACAAUGUUUCUGCGCCAGUGGUGGUUCCAGGAGGGGAGAAAAAAUUUGGCUUCAAAUUCGUACGAUGACAGAAGGCGGAGCCAAGUUGUCCAUAGUAUAUACAGUCUAUGGUCAGCACACUUUGAGCAGUAAAUGUCUGCUUCGAUGCUUGUUUCUAUGUUGCAUUUACAACAUCACUCUGGUGUUAAACAGUGUUGUUCAAAAUAGAAUCCGAUGUGAAACAUAAGCAAAAGGAAAGACUAAACUACAGCUAUGUUUUUUAAAGACUUUUCAGCCAUAAAACCCUCAUUUUAAAGAUUUUAAUUUCUCGUCUGUUUUUUUUUUUUUUUUUUUAUCAGUGUCCACCCUGUUUUCCAGCGUUGAUUGCUUUAGAUUCAUGGAAUUGUUUGGGUCCACUAUUGCUUGUUAAAUGUCAACUGGAAAAUUAGAGCGCUUAUCAGGAUUAUUCCCUGAAGCAUGUGAUUAAAUAUUGUUUUACAGAAUUAUUCCUGUGUCAGCUGGUAAAUAAAGCAUUCAGGGUUUGAAACACUGCAUGUUUGAUCAUAUUUAUCUGGGUUGUUCCAUGCAGUCUGUUUUCUUACAACAUACAGCCGACAGUCAUGUUCUACUUAAUGCAAUUUACUGAUAUGAUCUAUUUCUACAAUUGAAUUAUUUCUGACUGACACUGGUGUCUUUAUUUAACUCAUAGCCUUUGUGUUUACUGUAACAAUAUGAUUGCAUGUUUGGGAAAUCUGAUCAUCGUCAAAACAAUCACUGACACUAAGAUGUACUGAGAAACUGCAUAUCGAUUAAAAUGUCUGUAAUAAUACAUGCUAGCUGCUCUAAAGUCUUACAUAACCCUUUAUGUUAACCCCUGAAUUCACAAGGACAAAGUAGAUUGUUCUUCAGGGUUCUGGAUAAACAGAAUCUGACCCUUUUAACACUGCAGGACAGAGAGUCCAAAAUGUUCAAUUCAAAAAACAAAAUGAGAUUUCCCUGCUGCUUUUAAGCAGCUCUAAUAGAUGCAGCCGAAGUUUCCUCCCCAUCCACAGUCAGCCAUGACAGAGUCAUCACAGUGUGAACCCAGGGUAAGACAGCAGUGGGUGUCACAGUGCAGAAGGAAACAGAGAGCAGUCUCCAGGUGUUGAGCUCAAAUGAAAAUAACAUGUCGUGAUGUUUUUCUCAGUUUCAAUUAGCACAGGCGCUCGGCUCCCUCCGCUCCUUCUUUUAUUCAACAGUUUCCAUCUCUGCUCCUUGUUUUUCCUCAUCUCUGACUCUCUGCCUGGUCUUCCAGUCCCUCUCAACUAUUUCUGCUUUUGCUAACCUUAAAUAAUUGACCUGUCCUGCAAUAUGACCUCCGUUGGCAGUCACGUUCAUUUAAGGAGUUUAUUUCCCAGGACCUCUUAAGCUCUGUCCUCUGAUUAAAUAAAUGAUGACUUCUUUGUAGUUUUACAGGUUAUGAAUAUAUUAUCAUUGAGAUACAGGACCACAGAACAUUUAUUAGUUCUUAAAAGAGUCCAUUAAUGGGGAAAACAGAGCAGUAGAUUAGAUUUAGAUUGGAGUCACAUUAACAAGGAUGAUGUUUUGACUUGAUUUGGCUUGAAAGUUUUGAUCAAAAACAUGUUUGUCUCUGUAUAAUUUUACAGUUUUACAAGGUCGAAGCCAGACUCUGAGAGGCUAAGUCAAAGUUACAAAGUUAAGAAGGGCACAUAACGUAUCCACUCUUACCUUAACAAGAUGAUAGACUGCACAAUUUUCUGUACCCCAUCUUGGAGACGCUAUGUGCAUCAAAAAGAAAACUUAGGGGAGAUUUAAAGGGGGAAGACCAACAACGCAUCUAUAAUCAGUGUCGCUGGUUAGUUCAAAUCCAAUCCAAUUUAUUUAUAAAGCACAUUUCAGAGAAAACAACAAAGUUGUACCAAAGUGCUGUACAAUAGAGGAAUAAAAAUAAAGAUAUAACAUAACAAUAAAACUGAAGACAGUUGGGACCUUCUCUUGGAUUGUCUCUGCUUCUCCUGCCAGCCUCAGUGCCAAACCACGCCAUCGCUACACCUCUACCCUUCAAGUCUAUAAAACCAACCAUCAACUCCUGUGUCGAAGUCUGCUGCAGUCAAUUUGUCACCCAGUCUACUGUUGCCUGAUUUCCCCUACACCUUCAACUAAACAUCUAUCUAUCAUCCUCCUUGUAAACCUUUCCCUUGUACAUGAUGUUGACCUCAAUAGGUUAAUAUUUUCAGACAGGUUUUAUAAGCGGUUGAGUUUCAGCGUGCAGAUGAAGUGCUGUCGAUAAAAGUACAGAAAAUGAACACACCUUUACAGACCUCUGGGUACAGUCACACUCUCAUCUUUAAUUUUGUCCGAUUUUUUUUCAAUGAAGCUCAACAUCAGCAGCAGCAGCAGCAGUGCUUAUUUUAUGUUUAAGUUUAUGUAAAUCAGGACUAUGUGCUCUUCUUCAAAGACUGAAUUAUGGUUGAAAUAUGAAUUUCCUUAGGUAAAACCAUCUAAUGAUUUUUCUCCCUCUGCAUGUCUCCUCUGUCAAUGCCUGUACCUUCUUUCCAUACUGUGGCAUUUAUUUUUCAGACAUAUCACCCACUGUAUAUCAUUUCACUUUAUCCUUUCUUUGAAUUAGCUUCUUUGUUCCUCUGCAAACACUCACACUGUAAUUCCCAUUUACAGUCAGGUCACCCUUCGAUUCACUUUUUAAACAUAUAUUUCUCCCGCUCUUCCCUUUAUUUAGGUCUGGUGGCCACAAUAAAGGACCAUAUCACCAAACCUACAGCGAUGGCCCAGGGCCGAGUGGCUCACCUGAUUGAGUGGAAGGGUUGGGGCGGAGGUGGAGAGGCAGGGGGAGCCGGCUGGAGCAGGGCCAGUGGUAAAGGAGGAGUCGGCUGGGGAGGAAUUGGAGCUGAACUGCAUGAAGAUGAACAAUUUUAUUCCCAAAUGACGGAUGAGAUCAAGGAAGCUCGCUUCGCUGCAGGUAAGACGGAUGGAAGAAUUGAAUUCAGGACAAAUAGAUGUGGUCAGAGGAGCUGAAGAGAUGCUCCACUUCCACUGGGUGUUGUUUUUGUUCAAUUGGCUUGAGCUAAGAGAUUGUAUACAAAAAUCAAUAAUCCUUUAUGAAGAACUGUUGAAUGUGACUUAAACUGAGUGCUCCUAUUGAAUUCCUUGUGUUUGUGAUGAAGGUAGACGUGAAGGUGAGCUCUGACUGCAGGAAACCAACAUCAAUUGAAUUUGUGCACUUUGUUUCACAGGAGUGGCAGAGCAGUUUGCUCUAGCUGAAGCAGCAAUGAAUGUGUGGUCCAUGACCGACAGCCUGGAGCAGCCCUCCACCAGCUUACAAGGUGAGUCUGUUGCAUUGGUUUACGGACAUAUUUCAUUUCAGGGAUGCAUGAUGUUAUUUGCAUCUGCAGUUAUGAACAUUUCAGCCAUUACAACAAUCGGCCAAAUGCGAUGCAUGAAUAAUGUGCAGGUGAUUGACAACACCUUUUGUAUGUCAGAAUAUCUGGGCUUUAAAAUAUCAGCUUUGUCUAGUUUCCAAUACAUGUAUUUUUUGAACAGCAUGUAAACAUACAUGUGUGUGCCAGGUAAAAUAGUUUGCACAUGCCUGUCACUGCCUAGUUGACUGGUAUCAGCAUGAGAUAGGUAAAUAAUUAGACGAAAUUAUAACUGUGAGUAAAGAGGAAGAAUGUGUUGAACAUAGCUGCCAUAACAAGCAGCAUUGCUGGGUGAGCAGCCGGCGAGCUGUUGCAGGGAAAGAGGGAGGGAAGGACCGCACGCGAAGCCACAACACCGGACCCAGAAGCCACGAACUGAACUGCACUAAAACCUGAAGUGUUCAGCUGUGUAUCAGUUCAGGAAUUUGGAGUCACAGGCUCCUCCUGCCAAGUGCUGAAUGAUUCGGUGAUUUGGUGAAUUAAUCUUUUGAACAAACUUUUGAACGAACUUUUCAGUGAACUGAUUCUAGUGAUUCAGUACAUCUCAAAGAACCGCCGUGCCCAUCACUAGUAGAAUGGGUUACAAUAAGGGAGAGCCUUAACCAAAGUGGUAGCAUUGGCAGAUCUGUACACUAAACGCCUGACACCAUGAAAGUCAAUAGGGGCUUGGGAUUUCACCAGAAUUAGUUUUUCCAAUAUAGCAGCCACUAUCUUAAAGCCAGAUUUAGACUCCUGCCUCAUAUCCAAACCUUGACAUGUGACAUAACAAGCAUAUUUGGAUAGCCUGACAUGCACCUUUUACAAGAUGCAACUACAAGUCCGAACAACACAGGCAUCAAGCCCUGUGAUUUGUCUGUUUGAUAGCUUUGUAUUUCCUGCUUUUACCACAUUCAGAAUAUAUCUGUAUACUCUGAUUUAGUAACCAUAUAUUCCAUCUCCUCAAAACUGUAUCAUUAUACUGUUCUAAUGGUUUUCUGUGCACAAAGAAGGGUUUAGCAGAACUGAAAACUGGUGACAUGACCAGCACAGAAAUCACACUUCAAGCUAGCGGUUGGGUUUGUUGUUUAUAGACUCUAUUCAUGUGACCUGCUGCGAUUAAUAAAAAAAGCUAUGAGUGCAGCAGCUGCUUCAGAUUACUGGCAUCUUCUUGAUGAAAUUAUAGCAUCAAAUGUAUCUGUAGUGUUUCGGCAUAUAAAGCUGCAGCUGUCAAAAUCUUUACUUUCAGAGAGCACUCAGCUCUCUUGGUAGUCAAGUCUUGCAUCUCACUGACUGACUGACUGUGAGAUUUCCUUCACAGCUGCACAAAGCCACUACCUUUCUCAGUUUCUGCUGGAUGGUGGGAGCAUCAACGUCCCUCAGCAUAUGUACAGCAUCCAUCCCCAGACUUACGAAGACAACAGGACGUCCCACCUCAUCCCAGUGCCGAUGGCUGACUCCAUUUCCCCAAUGUCCAACUCUCAGCGGGACAGGGAUCAAACCUUUGAAGACAGAAGCCCUGGGACUGGAGAGGCUGCUGUCAGACACGUAGACAGCAGCUCGCUAUCAGAGGAUGAUGUUUUUUAUAACUAG